CAGGUGGCGGCGCCGCAGCCAUGGAGCGAGGCGGCGGCGGCGGCGGCGGCUCGGGCUGCUGCGCUGGGAGGCGGCGGUGAGCGGGUCCCACGCCCCCGGCCCGGCCCCGGCCCGGCCCCCCGAGACGGAGCUCCGAGCAGUCCCGGCUCUGGGCUACGGACUAUGGGCGAGCAGCGCUGAGCAGCGGGGGAAGAGCUGAGGAUGAAGCGGAGAGCAUCAGACAGAGGGGCUGGGGAAACGUCGGCCAGGGCGAAGGCUCUAGGAAGUGGGAUUUCUGGAAAUAAUGCGAAGAGAGCUGGACCGUUCAUCCUGGGUCCCCGUCUGGGCAACUCACCAGUGCCAAGCAUUGUGCAGUGUCUGGCGAGGAAAGAUGGCACAGAUGACUUCUACCAGCUGAAGAUCCUUACCCUUGAGGAGAGGGGGGACCAAGGAAUAGAAAGCCAAGAGGAGAGGCAAGGCAAGAUGCUGUUACACACCGAGUACUCUCUGCUCUCCCUCCUCCACACACAGGAUGGCGUGGUUCACCACCACGGGCUCUUCCAGGACCGUACCUGUGAAAUCGUUGAGGACACAGAAUCCAGCCGAAUGGUUAAGAAGACAAAGAAGCGCAUCUGCCUUGUUCUGGACUGCCUCUGUGCGCACGACUUCAGCGACAAGACCGCCGACCUGAUCAACCUGCAGCACUACGUCAUCAAGGAGAAGAGGCUCAGCGAGCGGGAGACCGUGGUCAUCUUCUACGACGUGGUGCGCGUGGUGGAAGCCCUGCACCAGAAAAACAUUGUGCACAGAGACCUGAAGCUCGGGAACAUGGUGCUCAAUAAAAGGACACAUCGGAUAACCAUCACCAACUUCUGCCUCGGGAAGCACCUCGUGAGCGAGGGGGACCUGCUGAAGGACCAGAGGGGCAGCCCCGCCUACAUCAGUCCCGACGUGCUCAGCGGCCGGCCGUACCGGGGCAAGCCGAGUGACAUGUGGGCACUGGGCGUGGUGCUGUUCACCAUGCUUUACGGCCAGUUCCCCUUCUACGACAGCAUCCCCCAGGAGCUCUUCCGGAAGAUCAAGGCCGCCGAGUACACCAUCCCUGAGGACGGGCGGGUUUCUGAGAGCACCGUGUGUCUCAUCCGGAAACUGCUGGUCCUCGACCCCCAACAGCGCCUGGCUGCCGCCGACGUCCUGGAAGCCCUCAGUGCCAUCAUUGCUUCGUGGCAGUCCCUGUCAUCUCUGAGCGGGCCUCUGCAGGUGGUCCCUGACAUCGACGACCAAAUGAGCAAUGCGGACAGCUCCCAGGAGGCGAAGGUGACAGAGGAGUGCUCCCAGUACGAGUUUGAGAACUACAUGCGGCAGCAGCUGCUGCUGGCCGAGGAGAAGAGCUCCAUCCACGAGGCCCGGAGCUGGGUGCCCAAGCGGCAGUUCGGCAGCGCACCGCUGGUGCGCCGGCUGGGCCACGACGCGCAGCCCAUGAACCCCUUGGACGCAGCCAUCCUGGCACAGCGCUGUCUGCGGAAAUAGCCGCCUCGGGCUGGGGCACCGGCACCACCCGACGGGCACCAUCGCCCGACGCCUCUUCCCGGCCCCCAGCCAAGGAAUGCCCUGCUUUGGGUCAGGGCCCUGGAGUGCUGGACUCUCUCCGGGCUGGCACGGGGCCGCCAGGGACAGCCCAGGUCACACAUGGGGUCAGCAGAGGUACCACAAAGCUACCUUUUGGAAUGAUUGCUUGAUUGUUUGGUUUUUUAAUCUGAGAAGCCUAGAUAACUAAUCUGCUUUUAAUCAUGACGUUUUAAUCUACCUCUGUCUCUCUAACCAUGCUGUCUCUGGACUGAGUGAGAGGGAGGAGGAGGGAGCCCCCCAGCCGCCGGCCCCCGGCAGCUGCUCCCCACAGUCCAAUAAGCUGGAAGUGCAGCUCACUGCUGGCUCUCCAAACGAAUGCCCACUCCCCACCGCUCUCCCUGACCCCUCCCACAGUCACUUUUCCUCCCUCCCCUCUGACCCCAGGCCCCUCAGUCCAAGCUUGGAAAACCUUCACCUCAUCUUAAGUGGAAUUCAAAUAUAUUUAUUUUUAUACUGAAACCAACUUCUCUCCCAUCAUCAGGUGGCUCGGCCCAUGGUCACUCCCUGCCCCAGCCUGGCUAGACAGCAGGGCGUCCACAGCUCGCAGAUGGGCCCUCCUCACCCCUAGGCUCAGAAGCCCCUUCUUGCCGGCCCCUCUCCACCUCCAGCCCACCAGUCCCUCCUCGCUUCUGGUGAUGGGGAGGCCUUUCUCGACUUGGUUCUCUUUCUCCCAUCUCAGUAGCUUCUCUGAGGUGCUGCACACUCGCAUUAACCCUGGUUUCCUUCUCCACCUCAGCGGUACCGAGGUAAUGCCAACAUAGAUGUGAAAGCGGUGCCUGGGGCGGGCUGAGGAGGGUGCGCAGGGCUGUCCGCGGACAGGUGCCCUGCUGGUAUGCCCUCUUGCUCCCCACACCCCUCUGUUCAGAGAAUGGUGGGACAUCGCCCCCCUGCCCUUGCCUCGUAACAGACAUGGUGUCGCCCAGCAGACUCCAGCCUGGGCUCUUGGAAAGAAUUGUGGGAACUGGGGGCCCCGUCUGGCUUGAGAACAGCCCUGCUGCCCUUUUUGAGCCGAGAUUUUGAAGUGGAUGCCCGUCUUGCCAGAAAUGCUGUUCUCACCAGAAUGCCCCCGUCCCAUGCUCCCUCACUGGACUUGGCCCCUUGCCCAGUGCCAAGCAAGACCUUCCCCUGCCUCCCCACCAUCCCCCUUGGAAAGGCCAAGUGUCCCCUCCAGGCAGCCCUGGCCCUUGGGCCCUGCCUGCCUGUCCUUGCUCCCCAAUGGGAAGAUGACCAAGGUCUGUGUGACCUUGUUUCCCAGUGUGAGCUGCCCUCUCCCCAAAAGCUGACUCACUGUGAGUGACUUGGGCAAGUUCCCAAACCUCCUCGUGCCUCAGUUUCCCCAUCUGGAAAAAAUGGGGCCACCUCUUGCCAGCAGUAGCAGGGCCACCCAUGCCCCUUCCUCCCCACACCCCUCUCCCAGCACUUGGGCAUCUCGUGCCUCUGCCUCAGUGGGUCUGAGGGAGCCCGCCUGAGCCUAGCACUUACUCCCCAUGGGCACCAAGCUCUGCUCUCUCAGCCGUCGCUGCUGAGAGCCAGGGUGUCCUGCUGUGGGGUCGGGGAUGCCCUCUUUCUAUAUUUAUUUCAAAAAGAAGUCUCCUAAGGGAGUAGAAAUGCAGUCUGGCCCAGGGCUCCCGCCCCUGUGACUCCCUCCUGUGAGGGCUCAGCUGUGCCCUUGCCCAGCAGCCGGCCAGACCCUCCGGGCUGCUGGCCACGUGUGGUCUUUCUCCUCCUCUUCAAAGCAAUAUCCUCCAGGUCUACGAAGCCCUAUCAGACAGAGGUCAGCCACGUGUCUGAUGACAUUGCUAGCAAAGCAGACAAGAGGAGGUUGGGUCUGCCCUCACUGACUGUCACACGCUGAGAGAAGUCCAAUUGUAAAGAAAACAAAACAGAAAAAGUCACAAAAAAAUUUGUAUAAAGACAUAUUUUUGUACUACAUGGGGACUCUUCCUGCAUGUCAGCAAUAAAACUUCCUGAUCUGGAGCCAC